AUGGAGGAGGACACGCCGGAGAAGGAGGGGCUCGUCCUGCAGAAGGAGAUCGUGUACAAUGCCCUGUUGCCUUACGCGGACCGCCUGGAGCCCGAGGCCAAUCAGCUCCUGGCGGAUAUCAAAGCCAACCUGUCCCGGGCCGUGCUGGUGCGAGAACUGUGGCCCGGGACCGCCUUCUGGUGCAGGAAACUAUUCUCUAGAUCUACAUUACUAGCACCCAGCAUCUUUGGGCCUGGGGUCAAACCCGGGGCGCUGCAGAUGAAGGAGGCGGUGACGCGGUUGGACCCAGAGCAUGGACCGUGGACCAGAGCGCCGUGCUGCCUGGAGGAUUAA